GGGAUCAUUAAAACUACAGCCUUAGCCACAACCCGAACAAAGAAGGAAACACUCCUGUUCAGCGCAGAAGAAGGAAAUACCUCUAACACACACUCACGUGCACGCGCGUGUACUCACACACACGCACACGCACACAUGCAGGCACGCUCACACACGAGAAAAAAAAAUCUGUCAAUUUCUGCCUGCGAUCACAUGACCUGCACCUCCCUGUAAUGGAUGGAGAUGGAUCUCCACGUCAGCUUACGUCUCCAAAUUUUUACUCCGCGGAUCUGCUUCAAAGAGGCAGGAGCAGCAGCGAAGGAGAACCAUGUUGAGAACGGCUAUUGAGGAGAGCCCAAGGUAGAGUAAUGAUGGAUUUUGAUGAGCGGGUUUCUGUUGGUUCUAACAUGUAUUUACCCAGUUGCACGUACUACGUCUCGGGUGCUGAUUUCUCCAGCCUCCCUUCUUUUUUACCCCAGACCCCGUCUUCUCGCCCCAUGACGUACUCCUAUUCCUCUAACCUGCCCCAGGUUCAGCCUGUGAGAGAAGUAACCUUCAGGGACUAUGCCAUUGAUGCCUCCAGUAAGUGGCAUCACAGAAGCAAUCUCUCCCAUUGCUAUUCAGCUGAGGAGAUCAUGCACAGGGACUGCCUACCUGCCCCUACAACCAUGGGGGAAAUGUUCGCGAAAAACAGCUCCACUGUCUACCAUUCAAGCUCCAACUCCGCGUCCAAUUUCUACAGCGGUGUGGGAAGAAACGGUGUCUUGCCCCAAGCUUUUGACCAGUUUUUCGAGACGGCGUACGGAAACGCGGAACACCAGCCUUCCGACUAUCCUGGAGAUAAAAAUACCAGCAAAUUACCUACUACUGCAAUGCCCGGGUCUGACACAUACGGGGAGACAGAGGCGAAAGAGCGGAGAGAAGAGAGCAGCAGCCCCGAGUCCUCUUCCGGCAACAAUGAGGAAAAAUCUAACAACACCAGUGGUCAGCGCACUCGUAAAAAGAGAUGUCCCUACACGAAGUACCAAAUCAGAGAAUUAGAAAGAGAAUUCUUCUUCAGUGUUUAUAUUAACAAAGAAAAGCGUCUCCAGCUCUCAAGAAUGCUCAACCUCACCGACCGCCAAGUAAAAAUUUGGUUUCAGAAUAGAAGAAUGAAGGAAAAGAAAUUGAACAGAGAUCGAUUACAGUACUAUACCACCAAUCCGCUGCUUUAAGACUGCGAGUUCCACUGACACACCUUCUCUCCUUCUGUUGUGAUAAGACCGAGAUGAAACGGUUAAUUUCAAGUUCGAGGCUACAGAUUCCUGUCUCCAAACUACGAAAAGACCAUUUAAAAGUGGACUUUCUGACUUCAUUUGUACAUUUGCUGUAACAAAUAACUGGAGCGCAUUUCCCUUCUAUUCUUUAUGCCCUCGUUUACUUUACGACACUCCUGAAUACAGAACCGAUUUAUUUCUGUAUAUUAAAAUACAUCUUUGACAGUCUUCGGCUACAAAGCUUAUAUUUGAGACCGCCAGUGGGCGUUUGUAAAUCAGAGACCCGAGUCUGCAUUAUUUUUCCUUGUUGUUUUAUCGGAUAAGCUAUGAUAAAUCGAUGGCGGACAGAGACCCAACGUACAUUUUAAUACUGACACCAUAUUUCUGGCAACGGACCUUAGUGUAAACCACAAAAAGCAGUGGAUAUACUAUUAAUGUUUGAUCACACAGAUACAUUAUACUGUUCACCACUCUAUUUUAAAAUGUUUAAUCUGUAUAUUUUUGACUUCCAAUAUUAAGUGACGUUUGUAGCACCAAAAGGGCGCUUUGAUAUACCAUUGAUUCCCGUAAAUGCCCAUGUGAGCUCUCCGUUUCCUGACUAUUGUGGUGGGCCUACUUUAUGUGGCUUUGAUACCAUACGAAUUACAAAUAUACCCGCAGCAGAAAAUCUAAAUGUAAAUAUUAAAAACCUAUUUUAUCGCAAGUUUAAGUUUCGCGUUUGUGCAAUGUACUGUACACAGAGACAUAAAUUUAUCCAGUUAAAUGUUUACUUUCAGAGCACGAAACAGGUAUGUUACAAGCAGAAAUGUCUUAACGUAGUAAUGAUUAUGUUGCUUGAACAGAGUAUGAUAUUUGCGUGUUUUCCUUUAUCAUAAACCGAAGAAUACACAUAUGUGCGCCUGAGAUUAGAUUCAGUCUUUUUGUGCCAAAGGAAAACCGUUCCGUUACUAUAUACAUGGAGAUCGUUGCACAAUCAGUGUAAAUUCAAAAUGUUUGUACAUGUGCCUGCAGACACAGCAGUUAGAUCUUUAAAUUCUGGAUUGUAAUGCUUCAGUCAGAAUGUUCUGUCUGAAAGUAUUUCUUUUUGUCUGAAGUAUUUAGUUCUUUGAGAUUUCCAUUGCAAUUUCUUUGUAAAUACAGAACAUUCUGUGUCAUCACAAUCUAUUCUCUGCGCUUAUUCACCCAGCGCAAGCAGUAACAAUAAAAAUGAAUUGCGUAAGAUCCCUAUUCUUAUUUAACCCUUCCUUGAUUUUUCUUAGAUUUAAGCCCCAGAUAAAAAUAAUAUGCUUUGGCAAAAGAAAAUGUACUUCAAUGAUUAGGGAAAAACGAUUAAAUACAUCAUUGUGAGCGACUUGCUACCAGCAAAACAGGAUUUGAGGUAAUAUCUGAGAUCACAAAAUGUUUACCCGCCCUGGGAAAAGCCAUGUAUAUCGAACUAAUUAUCAAAUAUUUUGGACAUUUACUGUUUCUUAAUAAUCUCUAUUACACGGUAAUUGAAUAAGUAUUGAAAGAAAGGGUCUCACAAAGAGAGGAGAGCAUGGAGGCCUUUCAUUUCAUGACACAUCAACCAUCUGGAAUGAACUGAUUAAAUCUCACCAAAAGAUAAUAAUGUUAUGUGUAUGAAGUCCCAUAAUUGUACAGUUUGGCAACUUACUGGUGACUCUGUAAUUGAGAGAAACGUAAAAUGUGUUAAACCUCUGUUUAAAAAAAUCUCAAAUUAAUUUCGUCUGAUUCUGUUUGCCUUAAAGGAGGAUUUGUCAGAUUCAUCAGACGGCGGAUUUUGUUUUGCCCAUUUGGGUACCAUUACACGUGAUCACUGUAAAACUCGUUAAAGAUCACAAGAAUCCGCAAUUUAAUGUCUAAUUUCAUUGGCUUUGAACUUCUGUAUCACUAUGGACAUCACCUUGGGGCAGAAGGCAACAUGCAGAGUCCGACCCCCGCCCCCCUGACAGUGACGUAGGUGUCAUUCUCUCAAUUCUGUCUUAAUGUGUGCUCGUGUAUUAAUAAAGAUCCCUAUA